AAUUAUUCUUCAUGUUUUAGAAGGAAAAUGUUUUUAUUUGGCUAGUGAAGGAGGGGAACAGAAAACUACGCAAUGAGUUCAAAUAAAUUUUAUAUUUUAAUUCUUUGUGUUUUCCUGGCUAGCUUUAUACCUACGGGAGAGACAGGAGGUAUAAAGUGUCAUUACUGUGGCAGAUCUAAUAUCUGCAAGCUACCCUAUGAUUCCGAUCCCGAAGAAGCAGAUUUUAUAACCUGCGAGAAAUCAUGCAUGAAGUUUGACGGGUACAAUGCUGAUGGAGGUAGGGUGGUUGUCAGAGAUUGUGGAAUAUAUGAAGCAUCAGAGUGUCAAGCAGAUGCACAGUAUGCUACGACAGAAGCAACUGGUACCCUGUGCCACUGUCUUCUAGAUCAAUGUAACAGUGUUAAUGGAUUGAUUCCAUCUUUACUCACCUCAUUCUUUAUGGCGCUAGUAGGCAGAAUUAUUUACUAAACGUGUACUGAAUACCUCGGUUAUGGGGUUCAUGGUAACAUGAC